AUGUCGCUCAGACCCAAUGCUAGAACUGAAGUUCGUCGCAACCGUUACAAGGUUGCCGUCGACGCCGAUGAAGGUCGCCGGAGAAGAGAGGACAAUAUGGUUGAGAUCCGGAAAAGUAAGCGUGAAGAGAGUCUAUUGAAGAAGAGACGUGAAGGUCUUCAAGCUCAGUUCCCUACUCCUCUUCAGUCUUCCUCCAUUGUCGAGAAAAAGUUAGAGAGUCUUCCUGCAAUGAUUGCUGGGGUUUUAUCGGAUGAUAAUACUCAACAACUCGAAGCAACUACUCAAUUUCGGAAAUUGCUUUCAAUUGAACGCAGCCCUCCAAUCGAGGAAGUAAUUCAAUCGGGUGUUGUUCCUCGUUUUGUUGAAUUUCUAGUGAGGGAGGAUUUUCCUCAACUUCAGUUUGAGGCUGCUUGGGCACUCACAAACAUAGCUUCUGGAACUUCUGAGAACACUAAGGUAGUAAUUGAUCAUGGGGCAGUACCAAUAUUUGUCAAGCUACUUAGUUCACCUAGUGAUGAUGUUCGGGAACAGGCUGUGUGGGCAUUGGGAAACGUUGCCGGUGACUCCCCUAGGUGCCGUGAUCUUGUUCUAAGCAAUGGUGCCCUGAUCCCGCUGUUAUCCCAGUUGAAUGAACAAGCAAAGCUUUCAAUGCUGAGAAAUGCCACAUGGACCCUGUCAAACUUCUGUAGGGGCAAGCCACAACCUCCAUUUGAUCAGGUGAGGCCUGCGCUCCCUGCUCUUGAGCGUUUGGUUUUUUCCAGUGAUGAAGAAGUCUUGACAGAUGCAUGCUGGGCUCUCUCAUAUCUCUCUGAUGGGACAAAUGACAAAAUUCAAGCUGUGAUUGAGGCAGGUGUAUGUGGCAGACUUGUGCAGCUCCUUCUGCACCCAUCUCCUUCAGUGCUGAUUCCUGCACUUCGCACGGUGGGAAAUAUUGUAACUGGAGACGAUAUGCAGACUCAGGCUAUUAUCAACCAUGGUGCACUCCCAUGCCUUUUGAGCCUGUUGACCCAUAAUCAUAAGAAAAGUAUCAAGAAAGAAGCUUGCUGGACUAUAUCAAACAUCACAGCCGGAAACAAAGAGCAGAUACAGGCUGUUAUUGAAGCUGGUCUGAUUGCUCCCCUAGUUAAUCUUCUUCAAAAUGCUGAGUUUGACAUUAAAAAAGAAGCUGCAUGGGCACUCUCUAAUGGUACAUCUGGCGGUACACAUGAGCAAAUCAAGUACUUGGUGAGCCAGGGUUGCAUAAAGCCUCUGUGUGAUUUGCUUGUUUGCCCUGAUCCAAGAAUUGUUACUGUCUGUCUGGAAGGUCUUGAAAAUAUUCUGAAGAUUGGAGAAGCAGAGAAGAGCUUUGGUAACACGGGAGAUGUCAAUUCAUAUGCUCAAGCUAUUGAUGACGCCGAGGGAUUGGAAAAGAUUGAAAACUUGCAGAGUCAUGACAACAAUGAAAUUUAUGAGAAAGCUGUUAAAAUUCUUGAGACAUAUUGGUUGGAAGAUGAAGACGAGACACUACCUCCAGGCGAUGGUUCUCAAGCUGGUUUUAAUUUUGGAGCCAAUGACCUUCCGGUCCCAUCUGGUGGAUUCAACUUCAGUUGA